AUGGAUGAAGAAUAUGAUGUUAUCGUACUCGGUACUGGUUUAACAGAGUGUAUUCUCUCAGGUUUGUUGUCUGUUGAAGGAAAGAAAGUCCUUCAUAUGGACAGAAACGAUUAUUAUGGUGGCGAGUCUGCUAGUUUGAAUUUGACCCAGCUUUAUCGCAAAUUCCGGCCGGGUCAAGAACCACCCAAAGAACUAGGUGCUGAUAGAGACUUCAACAUCGAUCUAAUUCCAAAAUUCAUGAUGGCCAACGGCGAGCUCGUCAACAUUCUCACCCAUACCGAGGUGACACGUUACCUCGAUUUCAAACAGAUAUCCGGGUCGUUUGUUUAUCGUGAUGAGAAAAUCUCUAAAGUCCCAGCCAGUGAAUUGGAGGCAGUGAGAAGUCCGUUGAUGGGGCUAUUUGAGAAGCGAAGGGCAAAAAAAUUUUUCGAAUAUAUGCAAAAUUGGCGUGAGGAUGAUCCUUCUACUCAUCAAGGUCUUGAUCUUAAUACUGUCACAAUGGCAGAGGUUUACAAGAAAUUCAAUCUUGAACCCGGUACCCAAGAUUUUAUUGGCCACGCAAUGGCCUUGCACUUGGAUGAAAGUUACCUUGAGAGAACCGCACGUGAAACCUACGAAAGAAUUAUACUAUAUAUUACAUCUGUAGCACGAUACGGUAAAAGUCCUUAUAUUUAUCCAUUAUAUGGUUUGGGAGAAUUGCCACAAGGUUUUGCACGUUUGAGUGCUAUUUAUGGUGGAACGUACAUGUUAGAUAAAAAAGUAGACGAAAUUGUCUAUGAUGAUAGUGGCCGUGUUAUUGGUGUUCGUUCUGGCGAAGAGACUGCCAAAACCAAACAAGUAAUUGGCGAUCCAUCCUACUUCCCCACCAAAGUUCGCAAAGUUGGGAAAGUCGUUCGUGCCAUUUGUUUCCUAAAAAGUCCAAUACCGGACACUGAGGAUGCUGAUUCGGUUCAAUUGGUUAUUCCGCAGAAACAAGUUAAUAGAAAACAUGAUAUUUAUGUCGCCAGUGUUUCUUCGGCUCAUUGUGUUUGUGCUAAGGGCCUAGUACUUGCAAUUGUCUCGACAAUCGUCGAAACUGAUAAUCCCGAAAAUGAAAUUGAACCCGGCUUAAAACUGUUGGGGCCUAUUAUCGAAAAAUUUGUCGCAGUCUCUGAUCUAGAAGAACCGAUCGAGGACGGAACAAAAGACAAUGUAUUUAUCUCGCGUUCUUAUGAUGCCACAUCUCAUUUUGGAACUGUUUGUGUUGAUGUCAAAGACAUUUAUCGACGAGUCACCGGCAAUGAUCUAGUUCUUAAACAGAGAACUAAACCAGAAGAAAAU